GCUUUCUGGGAAGCUUUUUCCAUUAUGUAAAAGCUGUGUUUAUAUUAGUGUAGCAGUCAGACCCACCAGCAUGAGGAUUACAGUUGGUUUUUACAUAAUGGAUUAUCCAAGAUUAAGUGUUUUAUUCAGGCACAAGAGCAAAAAUAACCAAUUAGUGACUUUGCAGAUUCCUUAUUUAAAGGGAGCUGGAGGGCAAUUGACACAAAACUCUCCUGCUACCUGCAGCCCAAAGACUGAAGCAGAGUACUCUCAAGAAACUCCAAUAUCUCUACUCAGCAGGAUGAAAUACGCACAGUACGUUUUCCUGGCCUCGGUCUUCUACACUGUUGAAUAUAGCCUAGCUCAGACCUGUGCAGUGGAGUCUUUCUCUGUGAAAGACAAUUUUGAUCCAAAAAGGUACGCAGGGAAAUGGUAUGCCCUGGCCAAGAAGGAUCCAGAAGGUCUUUUCCUUCAGGACAACAUCUCUGCUGAAUACACCGUGGAGGAAGAUGGCACAAUGACGGCGUCCUCCAAAGGCCGAGUGAAGCUUUUUGGGAUAAGGGGAAGCGCAGCCAGAGCAAGGAAGGGAAUAAAGACUCUCCCACCAUUUCACAGAUCCAGUUUCUGGGUGAUCUGUGCUGACAUGGCUGCUCAGUACACGGUACCUGACCCAACCACUCCAGCAAAAAUGUAUAUGACCUACCAAGGACUGGCCAGCUACCUCUCCAGCGGUGGGGACAAUUACUGGGUGAUUGACACUGACUAUGACAACUAUGCCAUCACCUACGCCUGCCGCAGCCUGAAGGAGGACGGCUCCUGUGAUGAUGGCUACUCCCUGAUCUUCUCCCGCAACCCCCGUGGCCUCCCCCCAGCCAUCCAGCGCAUUGUGCGCCAGAAGCAGGAAGAAAUCUGCAUGUCUGGCCAGUUCCAGCCUGUGCUUCAGUCAGGUACUUGGGGCUGAUUAGCAAGCUCACUGAGCUGCACAGUAGGUGGUCGGUUGCAUUUGCUGUUAAUGUGACAGAACCACAGCAAAUUCAGUUUUCUUUUUCAGCAACCUUUUCCUCAUGUUAGAUCUAAUAGGAAAAGAGCUACAAAGGGAAAUCCAUGCAAGGACAAGAGCCUGCUACAGGCUGGUUCUGCAGCCUUAAGAUUGUUACUUACAGGAAUCCUGUGUGUUGAAACUGGAGCCUGCUAAAAGUACGCUUCUGAUCCUAUCCUUAAGCACAGAAACCAGACCUCUUGGUCUUGAAG